CCUGAAGAGGAUCUACUUACAAAGAAUACAGUUCUUAUUCCCGACAUUAAUUUUAACAAUCAUGAUGUCAAUGCAGCGACGAAGAAGUAAGCGGACAAUCACAGCAAAAGUGUUGUAGUCACGGUAAUUAUAUUCGGAAGUAAAUUUAGCUUCAUAGAAUAUCAGGAGUACAAUUAUACCCAGCUAUAUUACUGCGAGCAUCCAUUGGCUAUUUUUUGUAACAAGAAAAGAAGACAAAAAAUGACGGCUCUGGUGGAGAAGGAGCAGCAAGAGGGGUUCGAAUACCUCAACGAGUUGGACCGAGGAGGCUUUGACUUUGGAUUGUGCAAAAGAAAUAUGAAACUCGUACAACCAUUUUUUGCAUUAGUACUAAAAAUUACACUUUCUUCUUGAAGAAUCUCCUGUCAAUUGUGAACCUCGAAGUAAAGGAUUCAUUUAUAAUAUCGCCAUCCGCAUAAUUGAAACUUUCAGGCACAGGCACUGACGGGUAAAGCGCAGUUUCCGCAAGCCAAGAAAACCGGAACUACGAUUUGCGGGAUCAUAGUGAAAGGUAUAAUCUCUUGUAAAUUGGAACUUAAUUUGAGAACAAGGAGGAUCCACUUCUUUUUCAUCUGCUGGGAAAACAAGUCCUGUCUUCGACAAGUAGAUUUACUUACAAACAAGAAAUCCUUUGUACCACGUCCUGCGCAGACGCCGUCAUCCUCGGUGCCGAUACACGUGCGACUGCAGGAGCCAUAGUUGCGGAUAAGAAUGCGGACAAACUGCACCCCAUUGCACCUAUGAUCCAGUGUGCGGGUGCAGGCACUAGUGCAGAUUUGACAGCGACAACAGAACUCAUGGAACGACAGAUGGAAUUACACGCAUUGAACACCGGAACUCAAGUACGAGUGGUUACGGUUGUGCGGAGACUCAGUCAGAUGUUGUUUCGAUACCAGGUAUAAUUUAUGUAGGAUGUUGUUUCGUUUUCGAUACCAGGUAUAAUUUGAGUACCAAUGGUUAGUACAACAUUAAAGUUCAAGUGAUCUUCUUCUAUCACACCAUCUUCCUCAAAAAAAAACUAACAGGGCCACAUCGGCUGCCAUUUAGUUCUUGGAGGAUAUGACCUGAAAGGACCGCAUUUGUAUCAGAUCCACGCACACGGUUCAACCGAUAAAUUGCCAUACACGACCAUGGGAUCGGGUAAUAUGAUUUAGUAGAUCUUGUGUUAAAUUUAUUUCGCGAGUCGCGCCAAAGUGAUUAGGAGCAGCCGGGUAGAGGAUUUAAUCAGUGGAUGCUUUUUCAUCUACCAUCUUCACAUUUUUACCCCGAGAAUACCACGACUGCAACUAUUAAAUGAUCACCUAUCAUGAAGACCCUUUUCAAACCUCCACAAGGUUCCCUCGCUGCCAUGGCCGUGAUGGAGAUGCGGUAUAAGGAGGAUAUGACUGUAGAGCAGGGAAUGGAGCUUGUGGCUGACAGUAUUUCAGCUGGUAUCUUCAACGAUUUGGGCUCAGGAGGAAACUGUGAUAUUUGCGUCAUCACAAAAGAGGGCAAGAAGCAUAUUCGAGGAUACAGGUCAGAGAACCAGAAAGCCUACAAAGCGGAAUUUCCACCGUUUCCGAAGGUAUAGAUUAAUCGUGGACGCUAUUAUAGUUAGUGUGUUCUCUGAAUCACUCUAGAAUCAGAACAAUUUUGGAGCAAAACGAAAACCGUAUGAGUGCAACAUUUUUCUGAGCUCAACUUUUUCGUAAGUAAUCACAUCUAAAAAUCUUCAAACCCACUACAGGGCGCCACGCCAUGGACGGGUGAGAGCUUCAAAAAGCGUGUCAUCAUAGAGGAAGGCAACACAAUUGACGGCGAUGGCGACAUCGUCAUGGGCUAAGAGAAUUAGCAUCCCAAGGAUUUUUUUUCACCCCUUGUAAAUAUGAAUCCACAACUAGCACAACCACUACUUCCGCCCAAACGUGAUGUAAAGCCUCUUCGAAUUAGCAUCACAACGACCUCCCUUAAGUGAGAAAAAAGUGGUCGCUUGAUGUUGUUUUUCUAUUCCCUCCAAGUCCAACAGCCCGUCUCGCUCUCAGCUCCUGUGUAUCAUGAUCGGCCUGCGAUUUACCCACUUGUCAGAUCGCUCUUUGGUAUGCUCAGGGCCUAAGCAACUCGUGGAGGUUGAUGUCGUCGUGACCCAUCUCAUCAGCGAAGACGAUUUUUUGUAAUUCAACAUAGGAACUCGCUUUCCUCCAUUCAGAUCAGUGAUUGGAAGGCAACACAUGAAUACACCUCUCGUCAGGUACCAGUAAGCAGAACGAGGUGCUGAAGAGCCUUCGUUUUCUUCAAUGUUGAGAGGAGAACGAUAUGAGAGGUGCAAAAGGAAGGAUGAAGGCGGAGAGAGAUGAGAUGGAAG